AUGGCCAAAUCGGAUAUUCGACGAUGGAUUGCGGCGGUUGGUCAGCGACUGCCAAUGACGUGUCACAUCAUUUUGGUCAUGUUUGCGGUAUGGGGACCUGCAUACUUUCCUCGUAGUUUCGUUGUGAUAUUGCUGGGAGUUCAUCUUUCCAUGUGGACCAUGAAUUUCCGAACCGUCAUUGGUAUCAUCAUGGCCUGGCGGGGUGUCAAACAGCAUUGCACGACAGACUUCCGAGCACGAUAUUUCUCCCUCUUACCGACUGUUCCCUCCCCGACCACUGUGCUACCUUUCGACAGUGUAUACCACAUGAUAUUCCUUCCUAAUCAUUCCGAGCAUAUCUCCACCCUUCGCGAAACUCUCUGGCUUUUGUCCACCCACCCAUCCGCUCAAAUGUCAUACCACCCAGUGCUCGCAAUGGAGGGUCGUGAAGCCGGUAGUGUAGCAAAAGCCUUGGAGCUCUUGGCUGAGUUCAAGAGUUCUUUUCGAGAUAUCGGCUAUACGGUGCAUCCUGCCGGUCUUGAGGGCCAGGCCGCAGGAAAAAGCUCCAAUCUGGCUUGGGCUAUCCGAGCUGCUUGGGGAGAAAUGAAUAUGGUCAAUCCGUCUAUAGUGGAUAAAACCGUGGUGACUGUCUUCGACAGUGAUACCGCUUUGGCAGCGGAUUACUUUGCGGAUGUUUCAUGUCGUUUCGCUCUUCGCUCUCCAGAAGAAAGAAAACGAAUGACAUUCUGUCCACCCAUCGUAUUCGACCGUAACGCUCAUCAAGUCCCAAUAGGAGUUCGAAAUGUUGAUUCGAUGUGGGUAUUAGCAGGACUAAGUUCCAUUUUCCCUGGAUCCGGAGCGAAGAUCCCUACCUCCGCUUAUAGUCUAUCAAUGUCUUUAUGUGCAAAUGUGGGGUUCCAUGAUGCAGGUCCUGAAGCUAUCGGAGAAGACAUGCACAUGUUCAUCAAAUGUCUGUUCUCCACAGCGGGCAACCUCAUCUCCGAAACCAUUUACUCACCGGCAUCUCACCUCGACGUAAUCUCCAGUGAACCUCACGGAUUGAAAGGAUAUUGGAAUAAUCAUGUAGCUCGAUAUACUCAAUCAAUGAGACACAUGUUUGGAAGUUUGGACUGUGGCUACUUUGUCACUAGACUUCUCACUGGUGAUUUCACACCUACCGGUCCUGAGUUUCAAGACGACAUCCCAAGUUCCACCCAUACUAUCUUCACUUCGCAUUUGGACUCAUCAAUACCCGAUCAAGUUGGUCUCGAACUCAAGCCAUCCUUGAGACCACCUCCGUACAGCAUAUCUUCCCUAGCACAGCCUAUCCCCAUAAUAGCAGCUCAAGUUAAAGACAUGUCCCUAGCAGAUAUAUCGAUGAACGAUGCCAGUCUUUCUAGCGUGGAUAGCGAGCUCGAAGCAGACGAAAAAGUCAAUCUUAUCAAGAGUGACGGAUACUUCAGUCCGCCGCCAUUGAAGUUGACAUCUUUCGUAUCUCUGAUGGGUAGGUUAUACGAAGCUCAUCUGCUCAUGAUACACAUGGUCAUCUUCCUUUUAACUCGAUCAUUUGCUCAUCUACCCGGAGAACCUUCGAAUCCCCCAGGUCUGGUACCCUCUUUGGUAAUUUUUCAAGAUGAUGUAUUGCUCGUCAAUUGGGCUAUAGGAGUCGCCGAUAAAUUGAGGUCGUUACUUCUUCCUAUGACUUUGGUGUUAUUGCUACUUCUUGACAGAUAUCAUCAACAAUGUGUUUUACAUAGAUGGACCACACCAGGUGCUUCGGAACGAUUAGGACAACAAUCAUCUUCUAGAAGUUAUCGUAAAUUUCCUUUAUCUUUAUUAGAUUUCUUCGGCUUCCCAGCCGGAAUAAUAUUCGGUGUCAUUCCGUUACUUCACGCUCAAACUUUACAUUUAUUCACUAAUCGUUUAACUUAUAAAGUAUCUUUCAAACCUCAGAGUAAAGAAGAACGUCCAGACGAAGAGAAAGCUUUGAAAGAUUGUACUUGA